GGCGCCCACUGCCUGUGUAUCAGUGAGCGCAGCCGCAGUUUGAACCACCGAGAGACAAAGCGGAAGUAGAGUUGAAAUCGAAAUGGACGUGAAGCUGAUUUAUUAUUAUUAUUAUUAUUAUUAGCCAUAUCGGUGGUUUGUGUCUGGUUUUAACACCAUGAAGAUAAAUGAGAACACUUUACUGGAGGGACACAACGCCGUGUUGGUUCCAUACAAUGCAGAGCACGUGCCCAGGUAUCAUGAGUGGAUGAAGUCUCCUGAGCUGCAGCAGCUGACUGCUUCAGAGCCACUGACCCUGGAACAGGAGUACGACAUGCAGAAGAGCUGGAGGGAAGAUGAUGACAAGUGCACGUUCAUCAUCUUGGACAAGCAGCGGUGGGCGGACACCAGUGUAGAAGAGGAGCAAUGUAUGGUGGGAGAUGUCAACAUCUUCCUGACUGACCCCACAGACCCAUCCCUGGCUGAGUUGGAGGUCAUGAUAGCAGAGCCCAGUCACAGAGGCAAGGGCAUCGGGAAAGAGGUGACACGCAUGAUGAUGAGCUACGGAGUCACCAAACUCGGGGUCAAAAAGUUUGAAGUGAAAAUUGGGCUGGACAACCAGGUCAGCGUCGCCAUGUUCAAGAAACUCCACUUCCAGGAGGUGUCUGUGUGUAAGGUGUUCAAAGAGGUGACCCUCGAGAUGAUGGUGGACGAGCCCGUCCGGGCGAGGCUGCUGGAUGACACCGCCGACAUGAAGGAGAGAGACUACAGACAGACCUGCAGCAACAGACAGGAACUGGUGUCACAGUGAAGGGCUGAGCUGCACUCACACGUCCGAAAGACUUCCAGCAGUGAGAUCAUUCUGCACACAGAGGAGGGGGAAGCUGAGCGGAAAUCUAGCGUGUGCUUUUACCUUUUUAGACAUUUACCCACAUCUGGAGAGGUGGGAAGUACAGUACAUUUAUUCAAGUAAAGUUUUGAGGUACUGGUUCUUCAUGUCAGUAUUUUAAUUUUGGGAUAUAUUCUACUUUCCCACCACUACAUUUCAGAAGGAAAUAUUUUACUUUUCACGUUAAUAUAUUUAUCUGACAGCUGGAGUUACACUCUAUGGUCAAAAGUAUGUUAAACCAUGUCAAACCGUGGCUGUCAAUCUGCUGCUAUAACAGCCACGCUUCUGGGAAAGCUUCCCACAAAACUUAUCAUUCAGCCACAAAAGCAUUAAUGAGGGUGGGAAUUGAUGUUGGGUGAUAGAGCCUGUUCAUCCCAAAGGCGUUGGAUGGGAUUACAGUCAGGGCUCGUGUUUAGACCAGUCAAUUUUUUUUUUUUUUUUAUGGGCCUGACUAUGUGUAUAUGGGCAUUAUCAUGUUGAAACAGGAAAGACUGUUCCUCUAAAGUUGAAAGCACACUAUUAUCUGAAAUAUUAUUGUAUAGUGUAGCAUUUAGAUUCCCCUUCAUUAAACUAAAGGGCCUAACCCAAACUAUAAAACAACCCCUGUCUACUGUUGGCUAUAUAGUGUAUAUUACAGAUUCAGAUUUUACCUUCAACAUGAGAUGAAUGUCUGUCUCAUAUUUUAAAUCUUGUAUCUCCAUUUUUGAAAGUGUUCAGGAACCCUGAAAAAAGCCUUUCUUUCUUACUUUCUUUUUUGUCUCUCUU